AUGGUGACUGCAGCUCUUCGUAAACCUCUGAACCAAACCAUGCUCCGCCAAAUAAAAAACGACGGCAUAAAAGAAGAAGUACACGGGCUACCUCUAGUAUUCCUACCAAUCAUCACAAAAACCCGUGUCGCCCUCUUCGAAGGCGACUUCAACUUCCAUAAAUCCAACAGCACCUACUUCACCGACCUCGACACAAGCCGCUCCCAUCUUCUCUCAUUCCUAUGCUUUCACGGAGUCGCCAAAACAGACAAAGAGCUUUCCGCCGAAGGGAAGAAAGGCACCAUCACUGCCAUGUUGGGAUCAACUUAUACGCAUUUCAAACGGGAAAUUCCAACAGGCCAUGCGUACGAGGUUUGGUCCCGGAUUAUGACUUGGGAUCAUAAGUGGCUUUAUGUUGUGACCCAUUUUGUGUGCAGGGGGAAAAUCGUGCCUAGGGCUUGUGUUGCGGAUCUUGUGGAAGACCGACAGCAACAACAAUCAGUUCAUAUGAAGCCCUUUAAUACGUCGCUGUCUUCGAGCGAGAUUGAGUCGUCUGUUUAUGCGAGUUCCGUCUCUAAGUGUGUUUUUAAAAAGGGUCGUCUGACUGUGUCCCCCGAGCGUAUACUUUCUGCAUCUGGGCUUCUGUCCAAUGUACUACCACCAGAUACGUCACCGAUCGAUCCGACCAGUUUGAAGGGCGGAGAUGGAGAAGGAGAAAUAACAAUAGAUGUGCUUGAAAAGAAGCUAUCAGCUCAUGCCGACGACCAAGACCUUGCGACACGGAUAGAAGCAGAACGAUGCAAAAAUCUACGAUUCGCCGAGCUUUCGUCCGGAUUGGAAGACUUGCAGCGCAAUUUUCUGAAAGAUGAAGAGGUUUUGAAUGGAGUUAUUAGUCUAGGAACCUUCACUGAUUUGGGAUGCCGUGGUUGA